AUGUUAAAUAAAAACGAAAUAAAUAUACUCGACUUGCCUGAUGAAAUGUUACUUUCUAUUUUCAACAAACUAAAUAAUAUUGAUAUAUUAUAUUCACUUGUCGAUGUAAAUCAACGAUUUGAUCGAUUGGUAUUCAACUCUCUCUAUAUUCAUGAUCUUAAUUUUACAAGCAAUUUAUUACUUGAUUGUGAAUUUAAAGAAUAUUCUAAACGUUUCAAUCGAAUUUGUACAAGUAUCUUACCUCGAAUUCGCCAUCAAAUAAAUAAGCUUACUCUUCGUCAACUUUCAAUCCAACGUGUUCUAUAUACAUGUAAUUUUCCUCAACUUUAUUCAUUAUCAUUUGUCUCAAUUGAUUUAACCAGAUUAUUACUAUUUUUAAUAGAUUGUCCAAAAUUUCAUUAUCUUCUUCGUAAUCAAAUUAUGUAUUUUAAUCUCGAUAUUCAAUCGAACAACACGAAAAGUUUUGAAUCUGUCAAUAAUUUUGAUGAUUGUCUUUAUCUUCUUGAUGGACGUUUCAAUCGUUUAUCAACAUUAAUAAUCGAUAUAGAAGAAAUUUCUAUUUCAAUAGCAACUAUAGAGAACUUGAAACAACUUUCAAAAUUAAAAUGUUUUUCAUUGAUCUCGAUUGAACAAACGAGGUUUUAUGAUGAUCAAAUUGUUCCAUUAAUUCGUCAAAUGUCAAAUCUUGAAGAACUUACAUUAUUUCUUAUAGUAAAAAGAUACGAUUCGUCUUAUAUCGAUGGUAUACAAUUAUACGAUCAAAUUCUUAUUCAUAUGCCACGAUUAAACAAAUUUACUUUUAGUAUAAAUACUCUAGUUCAUAAUAGAUAUGUCAAUAUUACUCUUCCUUCGAAUGAUGAUAUUCAACGUAGUUUUAUUGAAAGAAAAUAUCAACAAGUUAGUUCAUAUGCUGAUGAUAAUCUAAUAGAAAUUGGUGAUGCUGUUAUUAAAUUCUCACGAUCUGUUUCAUCUUCAUUUGUAGUCUCAAUAUCUGUAGAUCAUUAA